AUUAGUGUCUCUUGUGAUUUUUUUAGUCACUAGGACAUUCUCUGUGAUGCUUCUUCCUUUGAAAAUUUGCCUAAUCCAGUUUGAUUCCUUAAGAUGAGCCAAGACAGAUAAGUAACUAAAUCUCAUAUAGCAUCCUAGAAAUGAUCUUGUUAGCAGAAGUGCUCAAGCUUUGGACCUUUGAUGUUAAACUUCCAAAACAUACUAUUUGGAGUAGAGGCUUCCCUUCCCUCUUUGUCAUCUUAUACCUCUCUCUAUAGACUAUUCUCCCUUUGUCCUCCGCAUCUAAGCCUUUCCACUAACGCCCUAUAAGUAACAAUCGUGGCUUCCUCUUUUAUCUAGACCUCUUCAUUGCACAAUCAAUCCCUUUUAUGCCCAUUUGAGCUAUCCCUCGAGACCUCUAGUACCUCUCUAAAUGCUUUUCUAUCAAGUCAAAUGAUAAUUCCACAUCAUAAGUGUAUAAAAUGAAUGAAUGGAUGAUGAAGAGCUUAACAUCUAGGCUAAACAUAUUGACAGUCUUAAAAGUUUGCCAACCAAUUUUAUUUACGCUUAAACUGUAACUUAUUUCAAUUGAGCAUCUGAACCCAUGAUAAAGUAUUUCUAAUAGUAUUGGUUUAAAUUUUGAUUUUAUUUUUGCUUGUGUUAUCAAAUAUCCAUUACGUAGAUAAGUUAAUUAACCACUUUAAAUCUGUCACACUCUUUAAUUAUAUAAAUUUGGAUCAAAGCCUAAAAUGAAGCAUUUGUUUGACAGUUUCAUGAACUCCCUAACGAACUGACCACAUAUAUUUCUGUAAUUUGUUCAAAGUAAGAGGAUAUUUUCGUAUUCUAACUCCAUAAUAUUUCUGUGGCAUUUAUUAAACCUUUUCACCAGUUAAGAAAUCAAUGGCCGGAAAAAGUAAGAUUCUGUUCAUCGGCGGUACUGGUUACAUCGGAAAGUUCAUCGUGGAAGCUAGUGCUAAAGCUGGUCACAAUACAUUUGUCUUCGUCAGAAAAUCCACUCUUUCCGAUCCUACCAAAACCAAACUCAUCGAUACUUUCAAAAGUCUUGGCGUCACCUUCCUCCAUGGAGAUUUAUAUGAUCAUGAGAGUUUGGUGAAGGCGAUAAAGCAAGUGGAUGUUGUGAUUUCUACUGUAGGUCAUGCCCUUUUAGCUGAUCAGGUCAACAUUAUUACUGCUAUCAAAGAAGCUGGCAAUGUCAAGAGAUUUUUUCCCUCUGAAUUUGGAAAUGAUGUAGAUCGUGUCCAUGCUGUCGAGCCUGCUAAAACAGCAUAUAAUGUUAAAGCUCAAUUUCGCCGCCUUGUUGAGGCUGAAGGAAUACCAUUCACUUUCAACUUCUUCUUUUCUGGUUAUUUUCUUCGGAAUUUGGCACAGUCUGGACCUGUAGGUCCUCCUAAAGAUGAAGUCGUCAUCUUAGGAGAUGGCAAUACAUUUGCUACAACUGUUUUUACCAAGGAAGAAGACAUUGCUACCUAUACCAUAAAGACUGUCGAUGAUCCAAAAACACUUAACAAAUUCCUUUACAUCAAGCCUCCACACAAUAUAAUUACAUUAAACGAGUUGGUAUCCUUGUGGGAGAAGAAAACUGGAAAGAAUCUUGAAAGAAUAUAUGUACCAGAGGAACAAGUUCUCAAGAACAUACAAGAAGCCCCGGUUCCAUUGAAAGUGCUACUAUCGAUCUGUCACACUGCUUUUGUGAAGGGUGACCACACUAAUUUUGAAAUUGACUCAUCAUUUGGAGUAGAGGCAUCAGAGGUUUAUCCUGAUGUUAAAUAUACGCCGGUAGAUGAGAUUCUCAACCAGUAUGUCUGAAAAUUUAGAAUUCCUUCUUAUUAAGAACUAGUUUCUGAGGACGUGCUUCGCACGUGUGUUUCAUGUGAAUUUUUAUAGAUACGUUAGAAUGACUAAAAUCUAAUGGAAAUAUAUAUGUAAAUUGUA